CCCCUCGAGAACUGUACCAUCACGCGCCGCCUUUGAUUGAGCAGGGACUGGGAGAGAGGAGAAGAGAGGGUGAAAGGGGGCAAGAAAACGCUUCUUGUUGCCUUUGUGCUUCAGCGGAUCCGCGGUGGCUGCGCACGCCGGCGGGGAAGAGGAGUCGCGGGCGGCGCGCCUCCAGUCUUUUUUCGCCUCCGUGCUCUCCGGGCUCUUCGGCCAGGCCGAGGCCGAGGACGAGGACGAGGACGAAGAGAUGCCCACGCGCAACCACAACGCUGCCGCGGCUGCCGCUCCGCAGCAUCACCAUCACAACCGAGGUGGUGCUCCCGCUCUUGGAAAGAGCAAGGCCGUGCCCGGCCGAGCUGAUGCCAUGAACCGGCGAGCCCCCCUCGGCGAUAUUGGCAACCUCGUCAGCGUCCGCCCAGCCGAAGGGAAACCUCAGCUGCAGGAGCAGAUCAAUCGCCCCAUCACGCGAAGCUUCGGCGCUCAGCUCGUGAAGAACGUGCAGGCGAAUGCCGCAAUCAAGAAUGCCGCAAUCCUACCCGCGAGGCAUGCGCCGAGGCAGGAAAGGAAGGCUCCUGCCAAGCAGCCGCCUCCUGAGGAUGUCAUAGUACUCAGCUCCGACUCUGAACAGAGCAGGACGCAGUUGGAGAGCAGCGCUAGCUCCGUCCGGUCGAGGAAGAAGGUCAUCAACACCCUUUCUUCUGUGCUCUCGGCUCGCUCAAAGGCUGCCUGUGGAAUCACUGAUAAGAGACGGCAAGUAGCAGUGAUCGAAGACAUCGACAAGUUGGACGUCAACAAUGAGCUCGCAGUUGUGGAAUACAUUGAGGACAUCUACACGUUCUACAAGAUUGCUCAGCAUGACAGACGGCCAUGUGAUUAUAUAGACACCCAAGUCGAGAUCAACCCUAAGAUGAGGGCUAUCCUGGCUGGUUGGAUAAUUGAAGUACACCACAAGUUCGAGCUGAUGCCGGAAACUCUCUACUUGACCAUGUACAUCAUCGAUCAGUACCUCUCGCUGCAACCAGUCCUGCGAAGGGAGCUGCAGCUGGUCGGUGUUUCAGCUAUGCUGAUCGCCUGCAAGUACGAGGAGAUUUGGGCCCCAGAGGUGAACGAUUUCAUUCUUAUAUCAGACAGUGCAUACAGCAGGGAGCAGAUCCUUUCGAUGGAGAAGGGAAUCCUGAAUAGCCUGGAGUGGAACCUCACUGUCCCUACAGUAUACAUGUUCCUUGUUCGUUUUCUGAAGGCGGCAGCCUUGGGCAACAAAGUUGAGAAAGAGAUGGAGAAUAUGGUCUUCUUCUUCGCUGAACUGGCGCUGAUGCAGUACGGCUUGGUGACGCGGCUGCCUUCGCUGGUCGCUGCUUCGGUUGUCUACGCAGCCAGGCUCACUCUCAAGAGGGCUCCCCUCUGGACCGACACCCUCAAGCACCACACGGGCUUCAGAGAGUCAGAGACAGAGCUAAUCGAGUGCACGAAGUUGCUGGUCAGCGCACACUCGUCCGCCGCUGACAGCAAGCUGAGGUCUGUAUACAAGAAGUAUUCCAGUGAGCAGUUCGGAGGUGUCGCGCUUCGCCCACCCGCAGCCGCAGUGGAGAUCAAGUAAACGAAGAUAACUUCGUGCUAGUGUUUGUUAGUAUAAUGUAAUGGAAGGCGAGCCUGACAUUCGCUAGGGUCUAUCCGUCUAUGUUUGCUUGUCGGGGUAGUCAAGAAAGUUUGAAUGCUUGAGGCAGCCGUUUGUUUGGUAGGCUGUUCUCAGAGUCCAGGUGUUAUCUGACUUGUGAUGGCAUGUUGUGUUUCAUGUGAUGGAUAUCAUUAGAAUCCUAAUCUAGUACGAUAUCUAUUCAUGAAUAUAAAUGGUAUUUAUUCAUUUGUUCAUAAAUCUGAAUUGAAAAUGGCCCUACACUUUUG